UUUUUUCUUUCCUAAAUAUAGUAGAUCUAGGAUUUAUUUUCGUUCUUAAAUUAGAUCUAUGGUUUUUUGAGUUAGGGUUUUUCCGUCUUUAAUUUGUCCAAAUUAACGUUUUAUUUUCAUUUAGAUGCUCAAUAUGUGAUAAUAUAACCCUUGACAUUUAUAAUAGUUCGAUUUUACUAGGGUUUUGACUAGGAUUUUUAAUUAGGGUUUUUGAAUUAGGGGUUUUUUUGAAUUAGGGGUUUUUGUUGUCUUUAAUUUAUCUUGAAAACUGCUCUGUUAUAGUUUGUUUAUGUGCUUCAAUAUAUAAUAAUAUGAGCUGUGAGGUUCAAUAUGUGAUAAAUAACCUGUGAUACUUAUAAUUGUUGCAUAAAUACUAUAAUUUUUUUUAUUUUUGUGUAUUGUGAGACUUGUAUCCUUUUGGUUUUUGUGUAUUAUGAGACUUGUUUAUUGCGUUUUUGUGGUCAAUGAUUUCAAGUUUAUAAAAUGAGUUUUGAACUGAUCUCUUUGAGAUUUUAUCAUGGUGGAGAACUUAGUAUGGGUAAGGUGAAGGGGAAAAAAGGAAAAAGAUACGAUGGUAGACAAGUUACUGAAUUUUUAGAUAUUGAUGUAGAUAGGUUGUCUUUAUUUGAAUUUAGGGAUUAUGUAAGGUACUUAGGGUAUAUUCCCAAACAAUGCUUACUAUAUUUUAGACUCCCCAAAUAUUCUAAAUUAAAAGAAAUUAGGUCAGACAAGGACACACUUGACAUUUUAAAGAAAUUGGGUAAUGGGCAAGUUUUGGAAGCUUUUGUGUGUCACAUGGUUGGUAAACCUGAGGUGGCCCCACUUUUGGAAUUUGUAAGUGAUGGAGAAUGGCAUGUAGAGGGGACAAGUGGUGUGUCUUUUAAUAAAUACACUGAAAAUGACAUUGAAAGUGUUGACAGGGCAUCUAAAAAUAGUGAAGAUGCCCCUUCUUUUGACCAACCUAUUGCUUAUACUUCUUCUCCUUCUACUGACCAACCUAAUAUUCGUGUCUCUUCUCCUGCUACUCCUAGUAGUUAUACUGCUGCUCCUAGUAGUUCUAUUACCGCACCUACUAAUUCUACUGCUGCACCUUUUGAAUCUGUUGUAGAUUCAGAUGUAGAUUCUAUUGAUGCAGGUAUAAAGAUUGGGAGUGAUGUAGAUGAAUAUAUGGAUGAAGAGUUAAGAGGUUUUAGGGAAGAAAAGAGGAAAAAAAAGAGAGGAGAGAGACCAAUAAUUCCUGAACAUAUUAAGUUAGGAACUGGAAGAAAGGGACUAGAUAUUGGCUAUGAUGAAUCUGCAGGUGGUGAUAGAAAUUGUUUGGAGGGAAAGUUAGCUGGUGAUGAACCUUUUUACCCAUCUGAUGAAGCUGCCAGCUUUGAAACUGAUUCAGAUGAUGUAAUAGAUGGAGAAGAUGAAGUUGAACAGAUUGAACAUAAAGAUAAAGCUAGAAGGAGGAAAAAAGUUAAGAGAGUUGCAUAUAAUUCAGACUGCCAGAAAGUUGUGUGAAAGUUAGGACUUGUUUUUGAAAGUGUUAAUGAAUUUAGAGCUACUAUUACUAAAUCUACUGUUGCUGAACAUGUUGCAAUUGAGAAAUGUGUUAAUGAACCUACAAGGGUAAGGGUUAGGUGUACAACUGGUUGUCCAUGGAUUCUUUAUGUUAGCAUUGAUUCUAGGUCCAUGAACUUUGUUGUGAAAACCUACAAUCCAGUUCAUAAGUGUGAUCCUAUCAAUAGGAACAUACUUUAUAAUACCAAGUUCUUAGCUAGCCACUUCAAUGGAAGGAUAAAGGAACAAUCAAAUAUUAUAAUUUUUGAGUUUCAACUGCUUAUUAAGAAGGAGCUGGAUUUACAUGUUGGGAGAACAGUGUGUAGAAAGCAAAAAAUAAGGUGAUUGCAGAACUGAUGGGUGACUAUAAUUUGGAAUUUGAGAGGAUUUCAGAUUAUAGAGAUGAGUUGUUAAGAUCAAAUCCAGGUAGUACAUGUGUAGUGAAGCUUCAUGAUGAAACAUUUGAAGAUGGUAGAAAAAUGUUUCAAGGUUUCUACAUAUGUUUUGAUGCAAUGACGAAGUCCUUCCUAGCUGGUUGUAGGAAGUGCAUUGGUUUGUAUGGAUAUUUUUUAAAAAGAGUGACAAAUGGGCAGUUAUUAUUUGCUGUGUUAAAGAUGGUAACAAUCAAAUGUUGCUACUGGCAUGGCCAGUGGUUGAGAUUGAAAACAAGACCACUUGGAGUUGGUUUGGAGUUGGUUUAUCAGGAUUGUAAAAGAAGAUCUUCAGCUGGAAGAUGGGACAGAUUUGACAGUGAUAACAGACAUGCAAAAGGGAUUAGAAAUUGCUGUAACUGAAUAUUUAUCAAAUGUUGAACAUAGAAUGUGUGCAAGGCAUGUCCUUGCAAACUGGUUAAAAAAUGCUAUAUGUAGAGGUAUUGAGAAGAAAAAAUAUCUUUGGAGGUGUGCAAGAUCUACCUUUGAGGUUGAGCUUAGGGACAACAUUAGUUAUAUGAAAAUGUUGGGGGGGAGAAGAAAUACUAGAUAAGUUGAUGUAUCUUAAUCCAGAGAGAUGGAGCAAGGUUUACUUUAGCUUUGGAACAAAGUAUGAUGUUGUAGACAACAACAUGGCAGAAUAUUUUAAUGCAUGGAUUUUAGGAUCUAGGCAUAAGACUAUAAUUACAAUGUUAGAGGAGAUAAGGAUAAAAAUGAUGAAAAGAGUGGGACAGAUGAGGGAUUUUUGUAAAACUUGGAUCAGUGAAAUUUCUCCAAUGGCUAUGAAAGUGCUAAAUGAUAAUACAACAAGGUCUAUGAAGUGCAACAUAGAAUGGAAUUCUGAUACAGGGUAUGAGGUGCUUGAUAUAGGAUAUAGGCAUAUUGUGGAUCUUGCUAGACAAUAUUGCAGUUGUAGAGCAUGGAUGUUGAAGGGCAUACUGUGUCCUCAUGCAGUGGUUGCUCUUCACCACAAAAAAUUGGAACCAAUAAACUACAUCUCUCACUGGUACAAUAGAGAAACUUACAUGAACACAUAUAGUUUCUUCAUUCAACCAGUUUUGAAUAUGAAGAUGUGGCCACAAUCACAGAAUAUCUUUGUUAUGCCACCUCCUGUUAAGAAGCUGUCAGGUAGUCCUGGAAAGAAUAGAAAGAAAGAAGAAGGUGAAACCAAAAAGAAAACUGGAAAGUUGUCCAAGGGGGGAUUGAGCUUUCAUGUGGCACUUGCCAUAGCAAGGGUCACAACAAAAGAAGAUGUCCAACGGUUGCACCUGCUGCUGGCACUAAUGCAAAUCCUGGACCAAGUCCAUCUGCUGGUGCAGACCCAAGUGCAGGUCCAAGUGCAGUCCCAAGUGCAGCACCUACUGUUGGAAAAAGGAGAGGUUCAACUGUAAGAGGAAGGGGUAGACCACCAAAUAAUUUUACAGAAAAGUGUGCUGACAGACCAAGAAUGGUUGAAAUGGGAUUACUUCACACACAAAGUAGAUGCACAAUUCUUAAUCCGGGAAUGCCUAGUGAAAGAUUCAAAACUGCCAAGUCUUCAGCAUUUGUGACUGAAAAUCUUGGAUAUACACCAAAAACUGGUGUAAAAUGGAAAGAAAAAAAAGCUAGGACCUCCAGGCAACUACAAGAAAUCAGAGGCAGAAAACAAAUGUAAACAAGGUCCAAGGCUGCAUACUUAAGUCAAGAAAGCUCCAAUAUUCAAUCUUUAUGAGAAGUUGGUGUAGAUUACAUUUAACACUGUAUAAAGCUUGGCAGUUGUAACAACAUUUAAGACUGUUUUUGUUAAUUCACUGAUGUUGGAAGUUGGAACUGCAUUUAACACUAUUUUGGUAGUUCACUGAUGUUAGCAGCUGUGACUGCUUUAAGAACAAUCUAUUAGUGGCAGCUUUGACUACAUUUUGUAACUGUAAUUAGUUUAACAGUACUGAUCUUUUUGUAAAUAUAUUUGACUGCAAGAUGUAAUUGACACUCAUUUUUGGUUAAUGAUUGUGCAGUUGUAAGUUCA